AUGCACAACAAGGGAUCACGAGUACCUAAAUAUGGGAAAAGUGUAACAUUCACAGAUGUACAGCUCGUGCAAUCAGGGUACACCUCCGCGAAGGAAAAUGCUCUUCGGACUCUAUUGUUCACUACAAACAGCUACCAGAUACAAGCUAGACCAGCUUCUAAAGUAGACGUCAACAUCACAUGCAAUGUAUUAACUUUCAACUCCCUGGAUGUCCGAGCUCAGUCCUUGACCACUACUGGCUACUUCGAUCUGUCCUGGUCUGAUGCAAGACUGAGCUGGAGCUCAAACUCGGCAUAUAAUAAUGAUAUAUAUGCUAUAUAUUCUGAUGAAGAUACAGUAUGGCGACCACCCCUUAUCAUGUACAACUCGGUAAAAGAUAUUUCUGUAAUGAGUGACGAUGCAAUACCAUUGCGUGUUCAACAAGAUGGCACUGUUUCAUGGACACCCUCAGGAAUAUACGAGACUAUGUGUGAGACAGAUGUGACUUUUUAUCCAUUUGAUACUCAAGUGUGUGACAUUACUGUAAGUACAUGGGGUUAUACUUCAACUGAGAUAACUUUAAAUCUGCACACACCGCCAGUUGAUACUACGUAUUACACGGAAAACGGAGAAUGGGAGUUCAAUACAUAUUAUACCAGCUCUUCAACGAAAAGCCGACGCGGGAAAUCGUUUUCAUCAGUAACAUUUCAUAUGAGUCUAAAACGACGGCCUAUGUACCAUGUUCUGAACACUUUGAUCCCGACAAUUUUAUUGGCGUUUCUGAGUUGCCUGGCGUUCAAACUGCCACCUGAUUCGGGUGAACGGAUUGGCUACUGUCUAACUGUUCUGCUGUCCUACGCUGUAUAUUUGACUCUCGUGUCUACGAUUAUCCCAACCACAUCUGUCAACACAUCCCUCCUGUCCGUAUAUCUCGUGUUUAUUCUGGCAAUGGGCAUGGUGUCCGUUUUAUUAACAAUUAUAGUACUGGAAUGCCAUCACACCGAUCCGGAUACCGAAAUUCCAAAAUGGAUUAUUAAAACGUUAAACAUCCUGAUGACGGUCACUUUCCAGGAAAAGAAAACAAAGUCUUCCUGUUGUUGUUCACCCAAGCACGGAGGAAAUAAUGUUGAAAGUUUGGAACCACAAGAUCUGCAACCAGACGACAGUUUAUCCACGGGGAGUAACAAAGUCCUAUACACUAGGAAUUCUACAGCAGAUACUAAUUACACGUGGAUAGAAAUAGGCCAGCGGUUAGAUAAAAGUUUUCUACGGCUAUUUUUAUUCAUUGUUCUGAUAUCGACGUUGGCUUUUACAGCGGGUCUUGGCAUUGGAUACGCCACUAAUUAA